AUGGGCCAAAACACCUCUCAAGAGGGUAGUAGCAAUACUGUUGCUACUUCUUCCAAACCACACCAUCAUCAUCAACUCGACACGUCCAAUGGCAACAUCUCUCAACACUCCUCCCAGAUGAACAACAACCAACCAUCGUCAUGCGAAACUCAAACGAACAUUCCUCGGAAUCGAAAAUCAACAUCUACCAAACAUUCAGCAUCGACCACCAUGAGUACCUCUUCAUUAAAUCCAUCUUCUUCAUCUACAACAACAGAAAGUAUGUUGAAUGGAGUGGUUGGAAAUUCACUUCAUAUGAAUCCUUCUCAGUCUCCUCAUAUACAAGCAUCACCGCCAACAGUCAAGAUUUUAUUAUUGGGAUUGAAUGGAGCUGGUAAAUCAACCAUCAUUUCAAAACUCAAAGAAUACAUUCAACAACAACAAAUCUCUUCAUCCAACAUGUUGUUUGAUUCAUCUUCCGAUCAUCAUGACAUCCAUCUCAACAAAACAUUUCGUGACAUUAUUCAUUUCCAUGCUCUCAAUGGAAUUAAACAAUUAAUUCUCGCAUCUGAAAAAUUAGACAUUUCCAUAGUACCUCGUCACUCGGAUCGAAAAGAAGAAAUUGAAUUUGCCAUUCGUCAUUUGAGAACUCUACAUUUUUGUUAUGGUGAACAUGUCCUUGUGCCAGAAGUGGCAGAAAUGAUGAAAUUACUUUGGGAACAACGAGGAGCCAAAGAAAUUCAUUCUGAAUUUAAAGAAUUUCAAGCACAACAACAACAACUUGCACAACAACAACAGCAACAACAACAUUUGGUCACAACUCUCGGAACAAGUUCUGUAUUAAAUUCUUCUUCUUCUCAACAACAACAACAACAACAACAACAACAUGUGGAUAAUGAAGAAGAAGAUGUCAAAGCAGUGGCAGUGAAACCACCAUUGUCACUCACUGUUCACACGACGACUCAACAACCAUCGUAUCCACAGCAAUUCAAUGCAGGUGAAAUUAAUUGUUUCACACUUUACAAGGAUUUAUAUAAUUUGGAUUAUUUUAUGGAUCAUAUUGAUCGAAUUGCACAACAUGAUUAUGUACCAACCAAUGAAGAUGUGGAAUAUUGUCAAAAACAUUUGAAAGAAGAAAAGAAAGGAAUUGAAGAAAUUGAAUUUAAUUUUAGUGGAGAACGAUAUAUUAUUUAUUGUGUGGAAGGACAAAAUAAUGAUGGACGAAAAUGGCUUUUUCUAUUCCAAGGAGUGGAUAUUGUCAUGUUUGUAUGUCCAAUUGGAGAUUAUGAUAUUGUACCAACAUCAUUGGAGAGACAUAAUGUAGUGAAGGAAAGUUUGAACUUUUUCAGUCGAAUGUGUAAUAGCAAAUGGUUUCGAUCCACACCCAUCAUUCUACUUCUUUCUAAAUGGGAUUUAUUUCAUGAAAAGGUUUCUCACACUAGUCUCAAUGUGUGCUUUGAAGAUUACGAUGGUGACAAUUCGUAUCAACAUUCUUUGAAAUUUCUGUUACAAAAAUUCAAUCACGUUCGAGAUAAGGGCAUGAAAAGUGUGAAUACCAAUAUUUAUCAACAAUUCUUUACUAAGGAAACACCUCAUGAAGAAUUGGCCAAUAAUUUGGGAGGUUGUAUCAAAGGUAUUCGAAUGGAACAAAAAGAACAAGCUAGGAAAGCCAUCAGAAAACAACAGUUGGAUUCGUCUACAGGAGAAUUCUCUCCAAAUGUUCUUUCCGACUCGGUGUCGAGUAAUGGGUCGCCCAGUUUGGGAGGAAAACAUUUGUCUCCUCAAAUGGAUGAAUCGUCUGGAUCCUUGUCGUCGAAGCACUCCCAUAAACUCUUCUCGGGUCUGCUUAAUAAGUUGAAAAAGAAGUAA